AUGGAUGUGAACUCUAUUAGAGAUGCAUUUGAUAGAGUUGUUAAAAAACAGAAGCUUUCAUAUUCCAAGACCCAAGAAGCGAUUGAUCAAUUCUCUCAAGAAAUUUCGGACUCAAUAGAGAAGAUUCGGAGCGCUCAUAAUUCUGACUCUCAUUCAGACUACAAAACUUUACUUGCUGAUCUCAAGACUAAGAUAAAAGAGAUGGCUCCACUGACGCUCUUAGAAGGCUCACAGAAGGAAUUGAAUGUUGCACUUAGCAAGUAUCCAAAGCUUCUGGAGAAGUCCUUUAAUCCAGAUAUAUCUAAGGCUUACAGAAAUGUUGACCUUGAUACAGCCACAAUUAACUAUGUAAUUGCAAGCCAUUUCUACCGACAGGGUCUUUUUGACGUCGGCGAUUGCUUUGUUACUGAGGCGAUGGAGCCAGAAUCUAUCGCUUCAAUAAGGUCUCCAUAUGUAGAGAUGUACCAGAUACUUGAAGCAAUGAAGAGUCGAAAUCUAGAACCAGCACUGAAGUGGGCUACUUCCAACUGUAGUAAACUUAAAGCAAAUGGGUCCGACCUCGAAGUAAAACUUCAUCGAAUGCAGUUUGUGGAGAUACUACAAAGGGGAAACAGAGAUGAGGCCCUUAAGUAUGCAAGGAGCCACUUGGCACCUUUUGCAUCAGACCACUUGGUUGAAAUACAGAAGCUUAUGGGUUGUCUCUUGUGGGCUGGCAGGCUCGAACAGUCCCCGUACCCUGAUUUACUAUCCGCUGCUAACUGGGACAAAUUGGCUGAAGAACUAACUAGGCAGUCUUGCAGCUUUGCCACCACUUUUAAAGUUCAUGAACGUGAUGUGGGGAAAGAAGCAAGAGUGGCAGUCAAUGAAGCAAUUGCCGGUUCCGGUUGA